AUGAGAUUGCUGAAUUAUCUGAAACAAUGGCGUGGGACGGCCAAGGAGGCAUUCGGUCAAGUAUCAGUCGUCGCCAAGUUUCUCUGUUUGCUUCACGUCACCGAUCGUUACCUAAUUUCCUCCACCCACGUUCAAGGUCCAAGCAUGCUUCCGACGCUUAACCUCACCGGCGAUGUCAUUUUAGCGGAGCAUUUAACGCACCGGCUCGGUAUGAUUGGGCUCGGUGACGUUGUAUUGGUUCGAUCUCCGAGGGACCCGAACAGGAUGGUGACGAAGCGGAUCUUGGGUUUAGAAGGACAUAGACUCACUUUCUCUGCUGACCCAUUGGUCGGUGAUGACUCUAUCAGUGUUGUGGUUCCAAAAGGUCAUGUUUGGAUACAGGGAGAUAACUUGUAUGCUUCAACUGAUUCACGUCAUUUUGGACCUGUGCCUUACAAUCUCAUUGAAGGCAAAGCUCUUCUACGGGUCUGGCCACCAGAAUGCUUUGGCUCAUUGAGAUGA